AAACAAUCAAAGUUGGCCAUAGAGAAAAAUGGGGUUUAAAGCAAAAAUAUGUGUUGGUUUUUGUUUGUUUGUAGCUACACUUCUCAUUUCUGCUACCAUAACUCUUGGUUCAAGUGAAAGCAACCAAGAAAUGAUGAUUUGCAAGAUGAAGUGUGAGCAAACCAUUGGUAUUGAUCAAGAAGAUGAGAAGCCAAGGUGCAUCAAGAGUUGUGAAAAGUACCAUAAGGAGAAGGGAAAGUGGGAGAGAGAAGGCGAUCGCGGUCAAAGAGGCGACACUAGCGGGUCGGAAAGAGGUUGGGGAAACGAUAGACAACAACGAUAUUCCGACAAUCCAUAUGUUUUCGAAGACCAACAUUUCACUGCUCGGUUAGAAACCGAGCAGGGUAAUGUUAGGGUUCUUCAGAAAUUUAGUGACCGGUCAGAGCUUUUCAACGGUAUUGAGAAAUACCGUGCUUCGUUUCUUGAAGCCGAACCGCAAACGUUCAUUGUACCGAACUAUCGGGAUGCCGAAGCUCUGAUUUUCGUUGCAAACGGCCAGGGAACGAUUACUCUGAUCGAACGUGAUUCGCGACAAAGCCAUAACAUUAAGCGCGGAGACCUAUUCCACGUACCUGCCGGAAUCACCGUGUAUCUAACCAACACCGACAACAACGAACGACUUGUUUUGGCCAACAUACUCCAUUCGGUCUCCGUUCCCGGUGACUUGCAGAUCUUCAGCGUCGGAGGUGGCGACCCUGAGUCAUCGUUCUUCAACGCGUUCAGCCACGAAGUUAUUGAAGCCGCAUUUAACGUUGAUCGCGAAUCGGCCCAAAAGUUGAUCGGGCAGCAGAAACAACAACAAGACAUUUUCAAGAAAGCAACCAAGGAGCAAAUAAGAUCGUUGGCCGGAGAAGAUAAAGGUCGAUUAUGGCCCUUUGGUGACCGAAAGGAGACGAGUAGACAUACUAGUAUCUACAAGAACAAACCGUCCGUUGCAAACGAGAACGGAAUCCUCCACGAGGUUGAUUCCAAAGAUUUCCCGGAUCUUCAAGACAUCAAUGUUGCCGUUUCGUUCUUCAACAUAACUCGGGGAUCAAUGGCAGGACCCUUUUACAACACCAAGGCCACACAGGUUCUGAUGAUUCUGAAUGGUGUCGGUCGGUUCGAAAUGGCGUGCCCGCACUUGUCCGAGCAAACCACCCGCACCCACACCGGUGAAAUUAACCCGCGUUACGAGCAAGUGAGCUCGGAGCUGAGACAUGGAACGGUAGUUGUAAUUCCGGUAGGUCAUCCAGUGGUAAUUGAAGCAUCCGGUGAGCAGAAUCUUGAAGUGAUCGGUUUUGGGUUGAAUUCGGAUGAGAACGAGUGGUUCCCGCUUGCGGGGCGGGAGAAUGUGUUGAGUCGGUGGGAAGAUGAGGCGUUGGAGCUGACGUUCGGUUUUCCGGCGCAGGAAGUGAAGCGGGUUAUACAAAAGCAGAACCAGAAGCUUUUCUUUAAAGGUCCGGCAAGGCGCGGCCGUGCUUCUGGUUAAACUGGUUGUCAGCGGUGGCGGUUUGCGGUUUUUGAGAGAUAAAAAGAGUGUUAAACGUUGUAGUAAGUGUUGAUGAAUAUACUAACAUGUUGUUAAUACAUAAAUAAAACGUGGCUGUUUCUAUGAACA